GAGACAAAAUGGAGACGAAAUCGGCGCCGGCCGAUAACAUUUAUGGAGGAAGCUGCAUAACCAGCUUCAUCGACAGGGGUUCGGUGGAGAGCCAUCGCUACUUCCUUGCCCGCCGCACAUUGCUUGAAAUGCUCAGGGACCGAGGCUACGCUGUUCCCGACUCCGAGCUCUGUCGCUCCCUCUCCGACUUCCGCUCCUCCUUUGGCGACCGGCCGGCACCUGAUCGCCUCCGUUUCUCCACUCAUCGCACAACUUCCCCAACUAAAAAGAUAUUGGUUAUUUUUUGUGGAACAGAGGAGAUCCGGAAGAAAGUUAUUCUUGGUAUUUUGCUUCAAAUUGUGAACAAAGAGAGCUUGGAAAAGGUGGUCUUGGUCUUGCAAAGCAAGAUGAAUUUCUAUGCUAAGAAGGUUGUGGAUGAGUAUCCUGUCAAAGUUGAGACCUUUCAAAUUACUGACUUGCUGAUCAAUGUCACGAAGCACAUCGCGCAGCCAGAGCAUGAGAUAUUGACUGCUGAGGAGAAGACAAAGCUCCUGAAGGCAUACAACAUUGAAGAGAAUCAGAUGCCUAGGAUGUAUCAAACUGAUGCAAUUGCAAGGUACUCUGGGCUUAAGAAGGGUCAGGUGGUGAUGUUUACUCACCAAGUCCCUCCAACUGGUUCAGCUGUCACUUAUCGUUGUGUUGUGUGAUGACGCCAUCUUCUGUGGUUACAACAGUAAACUCUUAUCAUCAUUUUCAUAGAGAAAACCUGUUAUUGUCCCUUCCUGACAACAACAAAUUUAAAUGGGAAAUACAUAUGUAUGAAGACUGUCCAAAAUGACUCUCUGUAAUUGUCAAGACAGCUUAUUGAUGGUUUAAAAUAGCCUAAUAGUUGCUUUGUA